AUGCAGGUAUGGCUUACUAUCUACUACGUCGUACAGAAUGAACUGAACACCAUAGUCGCACGCUCAGGCGACUUCCUCGUCGUUCACGGAGGUUUAGAAUCUGAUGUCAACUUGCGCCUCCUCUACCGCAAGAAGCAGAACACAGUCUAUGUUUGGGGCGGGCAACUUUCCGCCGACGGCCACACCAAAGACACCCAAUACAACCCAUUCUAUAAUGAUCGAUUACCAGAGGUCUGGGCACUUUCUGUAAAGCCUGACGCAUCUGGCUCAUGGGUCAAGGUAGUGGGAAAGAACGCCCCAACACCAAUGCCCGAAAAUUUCCAACAGCUUGCUUGUGGCGCAUAUGCAUACGACAAUGAAGGGGGCUACUACAUAGGAGGUCAAAUAUCGCAUUGGACAACGCUAGAAAUUAGCAACUUCACCCAAUAUUUCGGGGUUCCGGGAUUGGUCAAAUUCGACUUCGACACGAAACAGAUCACCAAUACGACAAACGAUGGACAAUUCUUUGCAUCCCGCAACACUGGUCUCAAAGAACCGCACGAAAUACCAGGGCCUCUGCUCAACAUACCGUUUGGACCAAAUGGCACACUAGUUUCCAUUGGAGGACGACAAUAUCCAAACGCUACGGACGAUGACUUUGGAUCCGGCUGGAGCAACCUGUGGAUCUAUGACAAGCAGAAGAAUCGAUCAUACCAUCAGCCCAUUACAGGAGACCCUCCUAGGUUGGGGUUAGAGCCUGAUAAACUUGCCUUCUUCUCUGCAUUUGAUGAGAAAAACAAAACCUUCGAGAUGUAA